AAAAAUGGGUUUUAUUCAAACUGUAAGUCCAGUCCCCCCAACAUCAACCACGGUGUACUUGUUGUGGUUCUUAGUCAACUACUCUGAUAGCUUAUGCUAACAUUCAUGAAGGAACUCAACAGCCUUUCAUCCGCAGACCAAGAAGCUAUUACUCACGUAUGGUCUCUCUUUUCUGCUGCUCCAUCAAAACAUCGUGAGUUGAUGCUACAGGGCAUCAUUACACAAUGCUGCUUCCCCCAGCUCUCUACUGUAUCACGCGAGGUACAAGAACAACUCAAGAUCGACUUCCUUGCCGCUCUUCCCACCGAACUCUCCUAUAAGAUCCUAUCAUAUCUCGACACAGUCUCUCUCUGCAAGGCCGCUCAAGUCAGCCGUAGAUGGAGAAACCUCGCCGACGACGACGUGGUAUGGCACCGCAUGUGCGAACAACACAUUGAUCGCAAAUGCACCAAGUGCGGUUGGGGUCUGCCUCUUCUCGAGAAGAAAAAAUUGAUGGCGUGGAGCCGCCAUCAACAAGUUCACCGACAACCGAAUGCCGCCGACGUGGUAGAGAUCGACGACGAGGCUGAGACAAAAUCGAGCGAUUCACGAAAACGACAAGCUGACGACGAACACCAACAUAAUGAUCGAGUUGCUAAACGCUCUCGUGUGAGCAACGGCGAAAAGUCAAGACAACAGCUUGAGCAAGAACGCAAGUUUCGACCAUGGAAAGAUGUUUAUCGCGACCGUUUCAAGGUGGGGUACAACUGGAAGACUGGUCGUUGCUCCAUCAAGACCUUCAAAGGUCACGAGAAUGGCGUUACUUGUCUCCAGUUUGACGACAACAUCCUUGCAACUGGCUCCUAUGAUACGACCAUCAAGAUUUGGAACAUCGAGACGGGAGAAGUUAUGCGCACGCUCCGAGGACACACUUCGGCAGUUCGCACUCUUCAAUUCGACGAUUCCAAGUUGAUUAGUGGCAGCUUCGACAAGACCAUCAAGAUUUGGAACUGGCAGACAGGAGAGUGUUUGAACACACUCCAAUGCCAUACCGAAGGUGUGUUGUCAGUCCACUACGACGGGUGCACCUUGGCAUCUGGCUCCAUCGAUAAGACCGUCAAGGUGUUCAGCUUUGAUACCAAGCAGACAUUUUGUCUUCGAGGUCACACUGACUGGGUCAAUCACGUGCGAAUUGACUCGCCCUCCCGUGUCGUCUUUUCAGCAUCGGAUGAUCUUUCGGUCAAACUUUGGGACAUCGACUCAAAGCAGUGUAUCAAGACAUUCCUUGGCCAUGUUGGCCAGGUCCAGCAAGUUCUCCUGAUGCCUGCUGACUUUGAGCCUGAUGAGAUGCCUCAACUGGAUACCACGGAUACUGCAUCUGUAUCUAGUGGUCGAAGUAACAGCCCACCUGCAGCGACUACCGAGCAGCCUGUUGAUGCUCGGGCGGCUUAUGGCUCGGGUUUCACAUCCGACCCCGACCGGCCACUACCCCCGCGCUACAUGCUCACUGGUGGAUUGGAUAACACUGUCCGCUUGUGGGACACCACUACUGGCAAGUGCAUCCGCAGCAUGUUUGGCCACGUUGAGGGCAUUUGGGGCCUUGUCGGUGACACUCUCCGUGUGGUUACAGGGGCUAAUGACUCCAUGACCAAGAUCUGGGAGCCUCGCUCUGGAAAGUGUGAGCGGAGCUUUACUGGUCAUGCAGGCCCGGUCACCUGUGUUGGUUUGAGUGACAGCCGCAUGGCAAGUGGCAGUGAAGAUGGCGAGGUGCGGUUGUACAGCUUUGAGGGCGAACGUGUCGAAGAGCGUGGCACUCCUUCAUAAACACCAUCUACAGGGGGACUUCAUCUGUAGAUGGUCUUCCUUCGUGAAACAUUUAUGAUAUCCCAAGAUACCAAACAGCGUUUUACGCGAAAAGCCACAUGUGGCACAAAUCGUUUUCUAUCUUCUUUUUCUGACCGAGUCUGGUCUUCAACAUAUCAAAGGGUAGCGGGAGUAUUUACAACGCGAUGGCAGUCGCUUUUACGGAAUUUUGGAUGCAUUUAUAGAGUUUAGGGGAAUGGAUAAGUCCUCGGGUUAUUAAGUACUGAGUCGACGGUUUAAAAGUCCCUGGGAGUUCUAGGUUUGGAACUGGUAUAACACGGCGCUUCCAUGGCGAAUUCUUUGACAAGAGUAUGAUGAUGGCAUCAACAAUGAGUUUGGCAGGGGGUGAGUUAUAUAGGCUAGUUAUGAGCUUAACCUCCAGACUAGAAUGAAGUGGAAAAUUACUGAUCAAAA